CAAGGAUCACAUAAAUUCUACCGUAUCGGCUGUCGGCAACAUAAUACUUAGCAAGUCGUGCAUUCAAGUGCAUCGCCUAUCAAUCAUGUUUGAGCGUCGGGCAGCAGAUCGCUAUCGCUUACGGAUGCACCGUGCCCGUACCGUUGCUUUGACAAAUGAUGAGAUUGUGGAAGUACGGGCAGCACAACGGACCUUCGAAGGCGCCUAUAUCCGGACAGCUCUCUCUCAGUUCUCUUUUGCCCUUGUGGUCCUUAAGAUAUUUACGAAUGAGUUCUACAGUACCGGGGCUUUAUUCGCCGUCUAUGGUACAGGGGUACUUAUCAUCGGCCUUUUUCGACGCCAGCAGGGCAACCGACAGUUCUUCUCUGAGGUAGGAGACGACGGAGUACAUCGACAUAAGUUCAGAACCAGCGGGAAUGCGGUAGUUAUCCUGACGGCCCUGAGUAUCGCCGCUUACGCCACGCUGAUCGCUUUAACACUGAGGCUGGACAAGUAGGCUUAACAGAUCCGAGCUCGUAUUGUCAUGGAAAAUGUAUGCGAACAACCUUAACAGUGCCAACUGGAAACCACCACGUACGUACCCUCCAGCAUACGGUGGCUGCCAAGCGCCAAGAAUUCCGCAGCAUACCACCGCUAUGGUUGCUACCUGCUUCCCAUCCCACGUCAACAGCAGCCAUACUUGACGAGUCGGAGCGGACGGGGUGACAGCCUUGAGCUGGAAAUCAUGAGACUGUCCACGGGACUGGUGCCGAGACCCGGGACAUGAUUUCCUGAUGAUGGUGAAACCACACAACUCAGCGGAUUGGGGGCCGUCACGCAGAAGGGCCC